AUGGACACCACUACGCAACGAGGUGCGAGUACUUCUGUCGGCACAUCGCAGGAAGAGCGGGACCGCAGUGUCUUGCGUCUCGCUCCUGAGAAGAAGUCGUGGAUGCCUCCCAAAUCCGUCAUGGAUCACUUGUCGGCGACGACGAGUGAUCGUUAUCGAACACGGUUGUUCGAUUCGUCAAGGAUCCAUCACCCUGACCUCAGCGCGAAAAACUAUCGCGCUGAGAAUGAUUUCUUCAUCGAUGCUUUCUUUAAACAUCGAUGGUACAGUGGGAAUCACAAACGUGAUGGUCCCUCACUACUUCAGGCGUGGAACGCCUACAUCCAUAACCUCGAGGAUGUAGGUCGUGACGCUUGGAACGACAAACUUAUCAAAGCUCGUGAUAAGUUUGAAAAGCGAACCCCGACAGGUGCACGCUACAAGCUGCAUCGUCUGUCAAGGGAGAAAGGAUUACCCUGCCUCUCUUGGGGAGACUCGUGCCCAUGUUGUGUGAACAACUCUGCACGAGCACCUAAGGAGGCUUACCUCCUUACCAGCCCGUGGUGGCGCGUAUGUGUCUCUACUGAGAUGUACGAAGGGAUUGACAACCUGAAAUCCCUUUACAACCGUGCCGGGAAGACUUUCUCUGGCGGUCCUUCUGUGGCACAGGAUGUGCCGCGUCGUAAUGCUCAACCAGACCCAGUACGUCGAUCAUCAGUUGGGAACGGGGCUCCCAAGUAUCCCAGGACGGGGGAUAGCCGCGCCACCGGACGAGAUAACUCGUCCGACGCCCGUUCACGUCGCGGUGGUUCAACAGCUGCUCAACUAGAUAGCGCUGGCCACCGCGAGAGUCCUCUAAUGGAGGUGGAGGAGGAGGAAAGACGCUCUCCACACGAUCAUGUGGAUCGGUGUGUUCCCGAGAGCUUCUUUGAUCGCGUAACGCAAGGGUUACGCGACGAUCUCGAACAUGAGCGGAAUAGGCGUCUCCAAAUGGCGGACACUGCCUCGAAGCAUCGAGCUGAGUUUGCCUUUGCUCAGCUUGAGAACGAGAGAGCUUUGACAUCUCUUCGUGACGAGCUAAGGGUAGCUCGUGGGAUUGUUGAUCGGUCUCGGGCUGAGAUAACUGCUCUUCAGACCCUUGUUAAUAUCCACCAUCGGGAGCACAAGGCUCUGCGAGAUGCUUGA